ACGGAGGUUCGAGCGGGAAUUGAUUCGUGUGGGGCCGGCUCGCUAAUCCGCGUUUUCCCCAAUUUCGCGCCUUCCGUGACACGGAUUUAACUAAAUCCCCGACACGUGAAUAAAACCACGGGAAGUUCGAACGGUAGACUCGCAAGACUAAACCAAGUUCCCUUAAAAAUUACAGUGAGUCGCGGGCAGCUCUCCGGGUCUAAGAAGUGGUGGGAAAUUUGAAAAACUGCGACAGAAGUGAGGUCUCGCCAAAAGUGCGCAGGAAGAUUCGAUCUGCAAGGAACAUUGGAAUCUUGAAGAAGGGCUCGCCGAUUUUUCGAUCGACCCGGAGCAAUUAUUAAAAAUAAAAUGGUAGCCAGGAAAGGGAGUUCGCCAACAGCAAGCCAGAUCUCUUCCACGUUCGUCCUGAGAUCAUAAGACCAUGCGCGACCUGGGGGGGUCACCUCACGGCGUGGGAUCGUUAGCGCCGUGGACAACGCGAACCUUGGAUGAGGAUCCGAUCGAAUCACCGGGAUCUCCAGGAUUAGGCCUUCGUUUGCGGCCUAAUCCGGGGAAUUAGAUCUGGGGGGUCCUGGUCUAGCAUAUAUUUUCUUCAUAGUCAAGCCGGGGUAGGUCUAGUGUAGGUAGCAACUGGAUCGCAAGAGCGCCGUGUCCUGGUCUAGCAAGAUGCCGCGCAACACCAGAAAAUUCGACAUGUACGACUCCAGGACCUGGUGGUUGUUGUUGACGAUGUUUGUUAGGACUAUUUGGUGCGCCCAUGGAGCUUGCGAGCCGAUCAGGAUCGAGAUGUGCAGAGGUCUUGGAUACAACGUCACCGCCAUGCCCAAUCUCGUGGGUCACGAGAUACAGGGCGAUGCAGACUUCACCUUGCAGACGUUCAGCCCGCUGAUACAGUAUGGAUGCAGCGCCCAAUUGCACCUGUUCCUGUGCUCGGUGUACGCACCAAUGUGCACCGAGAAGGUGCCCUCGCCGAUCGGCCCUUGUCGAGGGCUUUGCGAGCAGGUUAGGGCUAGGUGCUACCCGGUGCUUCAAGGUUUUGGGUUCCCCUGGCCGGCUGCUCUGAAUUGUUCCAAGUUCCCUCCGGAGAACAACCAUCAACACAUGUGCAUGGAAGGCCCCGGGGAGCCUGGACCGGUCAAUCCGAUACAGGCUAUAGGGGCUGGCAACGGUCCAUGGGGCUGCUCCUGGUACGCCAAAUCUGGACUUUACAUCUUCCUGAACCGUUCCGGAAGGUGCGCCGCCGCGUGCGACGCUGACAUCCUCUGGUCGCAGAGAGACAAACGGCUGACCGAGGGCUGGAUAGCCGCUUUUGCGACGGUUUGCUUGAUCUCGGUCGCCGCGGCCAUCUUGACGCUCCUGAAGCCCAGGAAACGGAAGACGACGACCAGCACCGCCGAGGGAGCCAUCGCCUGUCUGGCGGUUUGCCACGCGGCUGUCGCUGUGGGUUAUGUCAUUCGAUUGGCCGCCGGCAGGCUGGCGGUCGCCUGCACGCCGGCCAUUCCUCUGCAUCCCCAGGAUCAGGUUGUGAUAGCUCAGCAGCAACAACAGUACCUCACCCAGGACGGCCUCGCCAAUCCUUACUGCGCCGUCAUCUUCCUCCUUCUCUACUACUUUGGAAAUGCUGCCAGCGUCUGGUGGGUCAUAGUGUGCGCCUGGUGGUGCACGGUCGCCCGGAAGUGGACAAAAUCUGGACUGAACGGAAAGGACGAGAGCCUGGGUCUCCAGCAGGGGUUUUCAACCGUCGGCUCCGUCGCUGCCUGGGGACUUCCGGCUGCGCACACGAUAGCCGUCCUCGUCACCAGGGACGUCGACGCCGACGAGCUCACAGGAAGCUGUUUCGUGGGUCAGCAGAGCACGCGUUCGCUGCUGGUGCUGGUCCUGGCUCCCCAGUUCAUCUACCUCUGCUUUGGUCUAACGUUCCUCCUGGUGGGCAUGGCUGCCCUGCUUCUACCAAGACCCUCUGUGACGCCGACUCCGGUUUUGAACCCCCUUAACCCCUUGAACCCCCUAAAUUCUCUGCCACCCAGCUCGCUGGCCCGCCAAAGGGAGCUGUCCAAAUCCCCGGCAGAGAUCCAUCGCAGACAGAAGUUGCUGUUGACCAGGGUGGGUGUCUUCGCCUGUGUCUACGCCAUAGCCAUGAUGUGUUCCACCAGCACCACCUUCUACGAGUGGUGGGGUCGAGACAGCUGGCUGAGGGCUCCGGAGCCUUCGGCGGCACCCAGGAUGCCCUCUAAACCCGUUCUCCAGUUCUUCGUCCUGAGACUGGUGGCCACCCUGGGAGCAGGGGUGAUGGCGGCCUCCUGGAUCUGGUGGCCCAACGCCAUGAACGUGUGGAGACGUCUUCCACCCUGCAAACAACCACCGCAUAAGUGUCAUCCACAUGCAGUACCUGUGCCCGUGGUGCACUGCUACAGUCCCGGGUCCACCAGUCCCACUCCUCAUCAGAUCCACCAUCUCAGUCACCUGGCUCCCCAGCAUCCACUUCUGCACCAGAACAUCGUCAACGGAGGUCCCUUGCCACACAGGAGUCACAAAAAGCACCGGAAACACAGGAAGUACCACAGUGGGAGUGAGACUCAGGUCUGACCCUACGUCAUCAGGGAUUUGGCUUCAGGGGGGUCGUUUCGAGAGGUAACCUAGGCAAGCUCGUGAGAUCCCAUGGGGAAUCAUUUCUGGAUCGACCCCGGUAGAGGUAUCGAGGUAGUAUCGACCUCCGAUUAGCGAUAUUCACCAGCAAUUGAGGAAUUAAGGCGGUUCGCACGAGGCCACAUCUGCCCCGAUAUCCUCGCCGGAUGUAAAUAGACGUCGAAGGAGAGGCAACUCGAGAUAAGGCGAUGCACAAAGCAGUCUGUACAUAUGCCCCGUCUGCUCGCAUCUUUUUCAGCUUCGACAUGGGUCGUUAAAUGUGGUCGGAAGUCCCGGGUGGCAAGAAACGAGGAAAGGAACGGAAGUCCCUUGUCGAGGGACCAGGUCGGGGACUCCCGAGGGGAGAUGGAUUUCGGCAUCUUCUCUCUCGCUUCGAUAUCCACAAUAUAGGAGAGGCCUCUCGUGGUUCCGAGAUCGUUGUAACGUUUCUUAUGAGACAUUGAAAUCGGUCGGCAAAGGCACUGGCGAAGUCGGUUGAUAAAAAGGUGUUGGUACGGACUACUCGAAGCCACUUAGGAGGAGCGUUUGCCGACAGAGCGCGCCCUCGCCGGCGCGUUAAUUAUCCCCCGGGAACGCAAUCUUCUUGUCAUGCGAAUGGACGUAAGUGAAAAUCGUAUGUUAUUAUAUUUUGCGCGGUGGAUUUCGCUUCGGGGUUUUCUUGGGGGAGGUCAAAGCUCGACGAACCUCGUAUACUUCGUACGUGUACGGAAGGACGUGCGAAGGCCGCCAUUUUGUGACGCGGCCGAACCGUCGAGAAGAAAUGGAGUAGAAAAUAGCGCGCUCUAGGUGCAGCUAAACUGUAAAGCAGGACGUACGAUGCUUAAAUGAUCUCGGCGAUAAUUCUACGUGACUUCGUUUCGCUCGACGCGCCUUUAGGAUCCUUCGUGCCCGCUAACUACGAGAAAUUAUUUAUUUCCUUCGCAGCGUUUGUACAUAUUUUUUCAUCGCGGACCCUUUCGAGGCUCUCCCAUUCUGACGAGUAGUUAAAGCGGUAUCGGAUUUUAAGGGAGAUCUCUAAGCGAGUAUGGUGUAAAUAAAGGUAUGCAUAUACGCUUAUAAACUCGUAUCGUUUAAAAUUGAGAACCGUACUAGGUAGUAGCUCUUAGAGAAGCUCAGCACUUAAGUGUACCCUGUAAACAUAAUUAAAAUUAAAUAAUAACGUAAUCGCCGCCACUGUGGACAUGUAUCUUCACUGCCGUAGGUCACGCUGUCCCUUGGCACUUUGUGACCAUAAUUAAUUACAAACAAUCCCCUAAUUACUAAGGCAUGUACGUUCGUGACUAAGGCCCGCUGUAGAAUCCAUUGUGAUAUGUUCCCCACGUUAAUUGUCAACGUAAUACCUGCUAGUUUAAGUAGUUCGCACGUAAUGCAUCUAAUGCGCCUGUACAGACAGCCAUAUUGAUACCAAAGUGAUUUUUAAUUUUCAUAACGACUGACCGAUACCAGCGAAAAUGUUUCGCGGUUAGAAAGAAUAAUAAUAAUAAAGUAGAGAAUACGUGACAAUUAUUUACUGCCAUUAAUGGGAGGCUCGUUAUCAGUAUGGCUAGCUACGUGCGAACGCGUCAUCGGUCCUUAUCACGCUCACGCUAUGGCGUCGGGCUUAACUAUGGGAUCUUGUACUAUACGCUCUCAUCUUUUCCUAAUAAAUGAUCGAA